AUGACGUACGUAUACACUCCCGGUGAUGGGUCGGACUUUGUGCAGCGGGCGGUGUUUUAACCCAAAUACGCCUUUAUUCAAACUAUACCCAACCUGCGCAAGGCAGAUUUUUUCUUGACGAGGUAGGUCGAGUGUGGGCGACAUCAAUUCCGAUUCAGAUCGAAACACAUCCGGACACAACAUGGAGGACAACGUGAAAGGAGAUAUGGUUGUCAAUGAUGAGACAUCGCAACCUCCCGCCGACUACCCCCCACCGUACAGUCCUGCUGCCCAAUAUUCUCCGGCAACAGUGGUCCACAACAUGCCUCAGCCUGCGGCUCCGUGUCCCUCGGAGGUGUUUGAGCGGGAGGCGUGCCUCGCACACUGCGUUCGUUUCUGGUGGUGUCGCCCGAUAGGCUGGAUGGCCGUAGCCGAGCUAAACAGAGCUCGAGCACUGUACGCGGCUGGGGACUACGACGGAGCAGAGCAAGCUGCCAAGAAGGCCAACAUGUGGAGCUACGUCGGCCUGAUAUCGGGCAUCGUGCUUGUUAUUGGGGUCGCAGUAGCCACGUACUUCAUCAUCACCACUCUCAUGAAUAGCUACUGAACCAAACGAACGCAGGUUUUGCCGUCGUAGUGAUGACGUCACUUCCUGUCGAGGUCACGGGCACCUCAUUAUUAGCAGUGGUUCACGCUUCUUGCACAGCAUGAUAAAAUGUCAUUAAAAUGUAUCCCGGUGCUAUUAAUUAAGUACCCUCAUUUACUGGCGGUUGUCGCAGGUUGUCUGCAGAGACUUGCGAGAAUCAUUUUAAAGGUUAUGUCGCUAUCCGAAAGCAAAACAACUGAAGAACAAAACAGCAGACAGAUAUAUGUACGGAAAUUCAUUUCACCAAGAUUUACGUAGGAUAUAAUUCAGAAUGAAAGUUACCAAACUGUUACGCUAUUAGCUAAUAAUAUGUGGCGCCGUUCUAUCCAUUUUCACUUGAGGGCGCUAUCACCUCGCAUUAUGUACCAUAAACACAACGUAUAGGCUUGACUGACUAUUUGUUGCUACGGCAUCGUGAACCAAUCGUUGAGCCGAAGUGUCAGUGACAUCAGAGUGACGUCAUGGCUACGCUGGUGAAUACAGAAAUUGUCUUAAAUGAGGGAUUAUCAACAAUUUGUUCAAAAUAGAGCUUUUGUCCCCAAGUUACUCGGAUCUACACAAUUUUAUCGUCGCAUGUUGAUGUCGUUUUUUUUUUUCUUUUUUUACUGUAGCCAGAAGGUUUUUUUUUUUUUUUUGCUUGGGAGACGGCUACGACUUUGGACUGCUCCGUAUCAGUGGACCAAAACCCAAGCCGAAGUUGAAAUACAGUGGGUUCGGAACCAGCCUUAAUGUUGGUAGAUUAGAUAUGAUUCGGGGGCUUGCUUUAUAUCAUAUAAUGUAAAAAGGUUACGUAGCUAGCUUCCGGAACCCUCGCACGGCCCGUCUUUGGGCAUUUUACACAAGGUUAAUUGCCCUUCUUUUUGCCAUAAUUUUUGACAGAAUGAUUCAUCGCAUACAACGUACAUCGCGAAAACGAAAACGCAUAUCGACGCAAAGAUUUGCCUACCUACAGCCGAUGGGUUCUAGAUUUAGUCGGGCUGGCUUGAAUGCAGUCCUUAUCAGCGGUCAUUUUAGAUUUUUGUUGUUGUAAAUACUUAUGAGUCCUUCACGUUUAUUAAAGAAAGGUAUUUGCUAAGACAUUUAAAUCUGCUGUUAAUAUUAAGUUUUCACCCAAUGACCGCCACGAAAUUAUUGUAUACAUUUUUAUCUUUGUACGAGUACACCGAGUUUCACUGGUUCACAUUUUUUAAAAUUUUCAAAAGUGAGAGGUCAUUUUUUUUUGGCGCAAUACUUCUCUUUCAAGUUAGGCGAUUUUUCAGUUUUCUUCAAUUGAGAUGCUUGUAACAAAUUUACAAGUUCUUUUUGCGAGGGUGAUUUUUCUUAAGAAAUCAAUGUACUAAGAACAACUGCAAAUUGCAUAAUUUGUGCACGUUAAUAAUUUAUUUUCCAAUUCAAGUGUUCAGGAAGGGCGCCACCAAGAAUGAAUUUCAGGCUUUUUUUCCGGAAGGUAUAGACUGACUGACCAACAGUGAGGGAAAUUUUGUCAACCAUUUUAGCUGUUUUAUUCAACAAACAAGUGCUACAUUAUUCAAUAUUUUCUAAACCUUUGAAAGUGUGGACAACUUAAUAAUAUUAAUAAUCAUUUGGGAGGCUAAUCAUCCCUAUACUUGCAGAUGAGAAGCUGUAAAAUUGGUAGCAAAAAAGCUGAAGAUAUUAACGACUAAAUUCUCCAGGCACCUUUUGCAGUUUUAGAAUGUAUAAGGGAAUGGUCACUGAAAUAUGGAAAUAUUAGCAUAUAAACAUAAUGUGUUAUAACACGAUUUAUGUUGUCUUUAUGUUGAAUCUUAUCAUUUGUUGUUACUUGUUUUAAGUUGCCGAGGUAACCUCAGACGGACAUUGGAAAUAACACGUCUGGUUUAUUUCACACAUACUUUUUUUGAAUAAAAUGUUGAAAAUUGAACACAAAUUAA